AACCCCUGGUCGCCAUCAAGAGCGGUUGAGAGCGGUUCUGAUCAUCUGAUAUGUUGAAACAUGUUGGGAUCAUAGGCAAUUAAUUUAGAUACAUGACAAAAAUUUAUUUUCUCAAGGCUAUCGAUAUGCGUCCCAGUAUUCUGUAUUCUCAUUGCCGACGAUAUUGACGGAAUUUACUUCAUGAACAUUUUAGACAUUAACGAGUGUUUUAGCUUUUCACAUUUUAGAAAAGAAUAUUAAUUAUGGAGCGCGGGAAGACUGGACUUGGUAGGGCGGCGAAAAAUAAAAUUGCCCAACACCCGUCUGAUUUGUUCGCACUGGGAUCGAAGAAUUCGAGAAAUGACAACUCUGACUCUAAAAGCAGACCAGGGGUCAUUCAUUCCAAACCGAGUGGCAGUUCUACAACUUCUGCUAAUGAUCGGAAGAAAGAGGCUCCUUCUGGGUCAUCGUUCAUAUACGUCCCACAGAAGAAGCCUAAGCUAGCUCAUGUCAGUUCUCAUCAGCGGCAACCUUCUUCCAGCGCGGAAGCAUGGGAAAUUGUAGUUAUAGAUACCGAUCCUGCAGACUUCGUGCCUAUGGCACUUGAGGCUAACGACAAUGACGAGGGUGAUAAAGUAAUCGGGAUAAUAUGUGGUGCUAUCAAGACGUUGAAGAAUCAAAGAUGGAAACCUGAUACAUUACUUUAUAUGGGUUUGUUGUAUCUAGCGAAAAUCCGCCCAUCUAUUUUCUCCAAUGAUUGCAUACUGCACGCACUAUCGUCCCUGCUAAGGAGGGAUCCAAAUAAUCAGAAUCCCUAUAAGAGUAAAGCGAGUCCCGUACUAGUUUCCGUACUCGCUGCGAAUCUCUUGAUGAAAGGUUUUCAUGACAAGAAGAACUGGCCAGAAGUAUUUGUGAAGUUGUAUGUCGAGGAUGCUCUUGGAGAGCGUGUAUGGGUUGACCAUGAAGAAUGCAAGGGUUUUGUCGACAACAUAUUAUCAGGUUUCAACACAAGGCAUCCACCUAAAUCUGUCCUACAGUCAGAGUUUCCGGUACUAAUGCAACGGGAUUGUCCCAGCCCGUCUACAGUGGACGACGAGGAUCCGGCAGCGUCAACGUCGUCCUUAUCCGGGGAUAAGGAGAAGAUAGAGUUUCCAGUGGGGCCGCGGUACGCGCAUUGCGUGGAGAAUAUAGAAUUAAUAGUCUUGGAAGCUGUAAAGGAGCAAUUGAACAGACGUCAGGCCGAGACUAUAACGAGAAAUUUCUUGAAAUUGCUUUCCUCGGCAUGUGGCUUCGUCGAGAUCAGAAACAUUGCCGUUCCAAGGUUAGAGGUUUGGCUGCACAAUCCCAAGUUGAUGAGGCCCGCGCAGGAACUACUUAUUUAUAUCUGUUACAAUUGCACGUCUCACACUCAAAGAGACGUUGAGGUCAUAAGCCAACUGGUCAAGAUGAGAUUAAAGACGAAGGCCGUGAUUAACCUCUACUUGAAUGGCGUCAAGGAACUGAUCGGAUUGCACCCGGAGAACUUAGCUACCAUGCUGAAGCACACGAUUUACAAUGAGUUAUCAAACGCGCGUAACCCAAACAAUAUGCCCAUGUUGGGUAUAAUGUUUCAGACUUUGCCAGAGCAAGCGGCGAAAUUGCUUGCGGAGAUCUUUCAAGAUUUGCUGAUGAAUCGUGAAGAUUAUUUGAGACCGUUGCGCGCAUUGCUCAGAGAAAUCGUGCGCGUGUGUCGUCACGAUCUCAAUUUAAUCGUUUUCGUACGCACAUUAAUGUCCGAACGAUCGGAUAUAGCUCAACAGUUGUUAAACUUUGAGUUUAAGGAUCGCAUGUUUAUAUCGAUAGUGGAUUUACUGUGUCUGUGCAUGCUCCUGGCGAUUAGUCCGCAAGUGAAGGAAGCGGGGACGCUGUCUGCACGCGCGGAUAAAAAAGACGUGGCUCUGUUGCAUCAGUUUCAAAAGCUUGUAGCCAUGAUACAGUAUGAGACUGUGUUAUGGCUACAGAAUUCGGCGCAACAGAUGUACUCUGUCGGACGUAACGAGCUCCUGCACGCGAUGCACAAGAUCAUGCUUCUGGAGUCUCCCGAGCACUAUUAUAAACUGGAUAAUUGGCCACCAGAGUCGGACAGGGUAUUUUACAUACGACUGGUAUCCGAUGUCCCACUGUUACAAACUACAUUGUGGAGAUUGUUAAUGAUUGGUUAUUCGAAAGAUAACGGCAUUACUCAUUCAGAGGCUUUGGAUUUAGCUGACUUAUUGAUUCGACGAGCGGCAGCCAAUUUGACAGAGAGUGUCCCGAUGUUACUAAUUGACAAAAUGGAUGUAAUCGAGCUUAUUUUUAAUCUCAGCAUUUAUCAACCACCGGGAACAAUAAACAUACCUGCCGAAUAUCUACCACCGACAUUGGCGAUAGCUAACCUUUAUUGGAAAGGAUGGACAAUGUUAUUAAUUUUAGCUGCUCACAAUCCAUCCACGAUUGGCUCAUUAGGAUGGAAACGAUAUCCUAUAUUAAGGACGCUUAUGGAAAUGUGUAUUACAAAUCAUUUCUCGUAUCCACCGCCAACUAUGGCUUUGCCAGAGAUAAUCGAACAAGAACGUGCAAAAGAAAUGCAAGUUGAGAGUCAUGAGAAACAACAGAUAUUGGAGUAUGAAACGCACUUGGCCGCAGCAUCGACUAGGAUCCAACUAUCCGAACAGAAUAGUUUCCUGUUGUCACAAUUAAUCACCAUGGAUCCAACGGGAAUUGCUAGAAGACCGCCACAGGCCGUGCUUGAGCAGAUACAGUCGUUGAAUACGUCCCAUAGACUGGGUCAUCUGCUUUGCCGAUCGCGCAAACCGGAUUUUUUAUUGGAUAUCAUUCAAAGACAACAGCAAAGUACAUCACAAAGUAUGCCCUGGUUAGCAGAUCUCGUGCAAAACAGCGAAGGUUCUUUAAGCCAAUUGCCAGUGCAAUGCCUCUGCGAAUAUUUAUUGUCGACUAAUCCACAGACUGUUGAAAAACAGCCUAGACAGCAACAGCUAUUGGCACACCUUCAGACAUUGUUAACCGAUCCUAAUCAGGAUCAGCAGCAUGCAUAUGAGGUUUUGGAGUAUUUCUUGAGGAGACUGAGCAGCCAGCAAAGUAGCAGCCGGGUCCAAGCGAUCACCGGACUCAAGAUGGUUUUGGACUCGAUUCCCCUCGAGGACGAGAGUAUGGACGUCGAUGGGGAAAAUGAAAAAGAGACCUGGCUUCUACGAAAAUUGCCAUCGAUACCUCAUUUUUUAUCGGUACGUUCGCUGGUUUCCACGGCGCUACGUGGCGCUUGUCAGGUUGAAAACAGUCCGGAUCUCGUGCAAACCUACAUAUCAUAUCUAGCCGUGCACACCGCCGAUGAUGAUUUGCCCGACUUAACGGAUUUGGCCAACGAGAUCUCUCAAUUGGUUGUCGAACGCAGCACCAUUAUCGCAGCCAUUCUACCUCAACCCGAAAGCGAUAAUCAACGAGCCAAGCAAACGUUGCACUCCUUUAUGGCAAUCUUCUGUAAUUAUCUUGAAAAAGCACGAUUGCCUAGAGGAGAGGGUUAUCAGUGGUCCGAAAGUCAAGAUCAGAUCUUGGUUCAGUGGAGUAACGGCGAGGAGUGCACCAUGCACAUCCUUGUGGUACACGCUAUGAUUAUACUGUUAACCUACGAUACAUCAGAGGACGAUUCAUUGUUCAAUAACUUGCUGGAAACUUGGUUUCCUUUAACGGAACAACCAAAGGCCUUUCUUGUGGAUACUAGCGAAGAAGCGCUGCUUAUACCUGAUUGGCUUAAGUUACGAAUGAUCCGAAGUAACGUGCCCCGUUUAGUGGAUGCGGCUUUAAAGGAUCUGGAGCCUCAGCAAUUGGUACUUUUCAUCCAAAGCUUCGGUAUACCUGUAUCGUCAAUGAGCAAAUUGCUUCACACGCUUGACGCGGGUGUACAGAUCGACCCAAGUUCUGUUGGCGAGGCAGUGUUGGAUAAAACGUACAUGGCACAACUAGUCGAAGUGCAACAUCGAAGAGGCGCCACAGGUGGACUGGUGUUUGUCCAGGUAUUGCUAUUGAUGGAACCGCAAUUACCGGACGAAGGCGUAAUGUCAAUUGGGAGGCUUCAUCAACCAUUACCGAUAAGUGCCACAGUACAAAAACAGUCUGUCAUACAGUGCUCCGUGAAGACUGAUGUGCCGCACUUGAUAAAUCGGCUCUUUAUUGAAAAUAUUCCAAUAAAUCAGAAAAUGGACGCCUAUAGGCGUUUGCACAAGACUCUGGCGAAGGAUCUGCAGAAAUCGUGCGCAAAGGAAAGUGGCGCAGUGGUACUGGCCAUACAGCACAUAUGCAGCGUUCUUAGUUCCAUGCAAGUCAAACAGUUUCUGGCUUCGCUUGUACACAUGCCGCAAUAUUCCUGCACGCUGAUGCGUGUAAUCUUAUUGCCGCUUAAGAGACCAUCGACGUCGAAGCACGUGGUCGAAUUGGCACGCAACAUGUGCCUAAAUCUGAUAUCGCUGAUAGGGGACGUAAAGGCGCCGGUUUUGUCGAUUCUACGGGAUUUUGCUAAUGUACUGACGAAGACGCCGCAACGCGCGGAACUGUCGAUGCUGAUGCAGAGCCGCGGCGAGAGCCCCGGCUCGAUAUUAGAGGCUACAGAUUCUGUAAAUCUAGAAGGCGUAGGCCGAAGGCUGUUGGAUCUCUGUUUGAAGCAGCAGAAGAAUGAUGACCUAGUCGAGGCUAUGGCAAGAUUAUUGGUCAGCGAUAGUAACGAGGGCACCUUGAAACCUCGUACAGGGCUGUUGAUAGAUUGGCUAGCUUCCGUGGAACCCGAGCUAAUCGGCAUUUGUCCAAAUCUCCAAAUGAAGCUAUUAUUUGGAAAAGCAAAUGUACACAUUAAUACCGAUAACAAUAUUGUGAGCUCGCAUUCCUGCAGACCUUACUUGUUGACACUGUUGACACACAGAGCAAGUUGGACCACUCUGUAUAAAUGCGUCGGCCACUUGUUAAAUAAAUGUGAUGAUGAAUACGAUCCUACAGCCGUUCUGGACUUUUUAUGGGCUUUGACUUGCAAUCCUAAGCUGUGGCAGGGCCGGGACAAAUUCACACCGAAGCAUUAUGUUCCUGAGAAUAUUCUGUUGUUAGAGGAACGACAGCUUCUUAAUCUAGUGGCAUAUCUGGUAUCUGAGGCCGUUAUUAUCUGUAAAAUGCAGAACAGAAAUGCCGCCCUAGCGAGAAUGGAUAUCAGACUUGAUCUAUUGUUACAUUGUAUAUCCACCGAAGACAGUCUGAUUUCUAACGUGGUUAACUAUUUAGCGGAACGCAUGAUGGAUAAUACUAAUGCGGAUUCAAUGGAUAUGGCGCAUCAGUUUCUACUACACAUGUACAUGAAGAUACCGAAAGUCAUUUGUUACCUCAACACCUUACAGGCGAGCAAGUUCGUCGAUGGUUCGAAAAUAACAGACUGGACGGGCUCGAUGCUCGAUUGCAUGAGCCACUCACUGUUGACGGCUCUGGCAGCGACCCCGAGACAAAAGUCCUGGAGUUCCAAGUCUCAGGAAUUCGAACUGUGCGCGAGAAAAAUGGCCGCGGUGCAUCCUAUAUUGGUGCUGCGACAAUUGCCUAUGUUAGCAUCCUCCUUGAUGGGAAGAUGUUACCUCGAUUUUAGUCUUUUUAAAACUGGCCACCAUUGGGCUCUUUUUCAACAAGUAAUGGGCUUACUAGAGCUAUUGCAGCCGCAUCUAUUUAACGAGCAACACGAAACUGCGUUGGAGAAUACUUUGGAAAAUUAUUUCCAGUGUUUUCAGAAUUAUGGAUAUAUGAAAGAUCUCGUCAACUUGCUGAACAGAUUUGUAUCAUUACUACAGUCGUAUAUAUCUCAUGAUCCACAACGAGCAAUGAAAUAUCUUCAGAAACACACGCAUGUUUUACAUGAGUUACAGAUAAAUUAUUCAAACGUACCCGCUUUGAGGACACUCGUGUCGGGGAUACCAAUACCGAGAGAGGGAGAAGACGCAGAUGAUGUUUUAAUCACCAUAACUCCUGCACUGCAUCCCCCGGAAUCCACUUUUCCACAACAUUGGCAAUCGAUGCUACCUACACUCACUAAGAUGCAUGGUGAAGAUGUAUUCAACGCGCUUCAAGAGAUCGAUCACGUGUCGAUGCGAAAACCAUCAGUUUUAGAUCCCAUAACGGACAACAUAGCCGAAUUACUUGUAUCACCACAGGGUAAUAUCAGAUCUCUCGCUCACAAUAUACUUGCUAGAGCACUGAAGCACCGUCCCUCAUCAAAUGCAAACAUAUUGUCCGCAUUUCAAAGAUGUCUCGAUAGUCAUAGAGCGGACGUUCUUAUGUCAGCUUUAGAAAAAUUGCCAGAUAUCGUGUUAUGCAUGCAAGAACACGCUUUACCGUUGAUGCAGAGGGUGUUUGAGUUGGGAGUAAACUCGAACGUCAACACGAUACCCUACAUCACCAAAACUAUAGCUCUAUUAAAUACGCAGCAAGGUUGUUAA